CUGGGCCCAAACCAUGAAUGAUCAUAUAUUGAAUGUGGAACCCUCGUACUGUCCCGAGCACCAGAAAGGUGUGCUCGUGUUGUCCUGCAUUGUAUAACAGCUCCAGCUCUCAGAAACAGCUGGCACAUCAGCAGUCCCCAAGUCCUAGGGUGUUCCUGUAUAACAAGUACCAUCAUCAAAACAACUGCUGAGUGGCAGCUGUUGAGUGUCAUCUCUUCAUCUUCAAGAGUGGAAAAAACUAUGAAUGGGAGCUGUGUCUCUGAGCAGGAUGGGGACAGCUCGAGUUCAGGACACUCAGGUGGGCAGAAAGAAGAGCCCUGUCUCCAAAGAGACUCAUUGUUCUCUUCCCCCAGUGUGUCCAUCAUAUCACAACUCCUCAGCCAGACAAUCGCUAACAGGGGACUGGAUCCAAACUUCCUUUUCCCUUCCUCGCAGACACCAGAAUCACCCCAGGAAGCCAGGGACUGCCCACCUUUUAAGGAAGGGACACCAACCCUGACCUCCCCUUUGUGCUACACUCCAAUCUCCAGUUUUGGUGACACAGACCAGUUCUAUAAUGAACACUUACGAGCUAAGAGAGCCAGAGUGGAAAGCAUUAUCCGAGGUAUGAGCCUCUCACCAAACCCUACCGCACUUGGUACCAAUGAGGAAAGAGACAGAGAAUGCCCUGUGGAGAAAAGAAGCGAGAACUACAGGGAGAACAAGAGAAAGCAGAAGCUUCCCCAGCAACAAAGCCCACAUGUAGCACAGCUUGCAGGAAGAGGCAGGAGCAGCGCCAAGGCAGAGGAUUGCCGCCAACUGAAGGAACAGCUUCAAGUUUUGCAGCAGCAGCUGAGGCAGCUUCAAGAGAAAUUCUUGCAGGUUUAUGAGUUCAGUGAUUCAGAUCAAAGCCACAAAGGGAUGGAGAAGACUAUGCACUUACUGAAGGGGAAGUGUGGAGACAGUCUAGAUGAAAGCUGCCAGGCUGCUACCAGUGACCAACACAGAACUCUUCUUUGGAGGAGCAUCUCAGAGAUGGAAGGCCACAAAGUGUCAGAAGAAGAAAGGAGAAUGGGGGAUCUGGGUGAACUGUCCUCUGAAGAAAGAACCUUUUCUGAGACAUUAAAGCAUGAGCUAGCCACAGUGGUAUCUCAGGCUGUGGACACGGUUUUGAAAAAAGUAUUGUCCAAGCCAUCAGGCCAUCUGGCUCAGCUGUACAACAGCCUCCCAAUCUCAGUGCCAGACAGUAGAAGAGAGGAUUUUGCCUCUGAGGAGUACUCCACCAGAAAAUGGCUUCCUGGGGCUUCCUCCCAAAAUUUGGUAAACUCACUGCCUGAAGCCCAUACACAGGCCUUGUCGCUAGUCAUGGAUAAGUCUCCAGACUUUCAUGUUCACCCGAUCAGUUCAAGAAUGGCUAGAAAACCCUGCCAUGUACCUAACAUGAAUCACCCCUUGGUCAUGACUUCUCAAGUUCAAGAAAAACAGAUUCUUAGCCAGCUACAAGAGUACAGUCAAAAUGGCCAUUGGAACAGCAGCUCUCAUAGAAUUGCCUCUUCCCCAGACCGGUGUUCUCAAGAGUCCCUAGAUCUACCUUGGAGAGCAGUCAAAUUGAAGUCAUCAGUCAUGAGACACCAGCAAUAUCCAAUGUCUCUUAACACCGCAGAAAUGGAAAGUUUGGCUCUUCUUCCAGCCAGGAAGGCAGAAUGUGGAGAGCUGCAGACUGUGAUGGAUGGGAUGCCCUUCUCCUCAGUCGCUAUCCAGGAGGCGCUGACCCCUGGCCACCUGAAGAAGGCCAAGCUGAUGUUCUUCUUUACUCGCUACCCCAGCUCCACUCUGUUGAAAACCUACUUCCCUGAUAUCCAGUUCAACCGCUGCAUCACUUCCCAGCUCAUCAAGUGGUUCAGCAACUUCCGUGAGUUUUACUACAUCCAGAUGGAGAAGUUUGCCCGACAAGCCAUCUUGGAGGAAGUCACGGAUUCCAAACACCUGAUGGUUUCUCGGGACUCUGAGCUCUUCAGGACCCUCAACAUGCACUAUAACAAGGGGAAUGACUUUGAGGUCCCGGAUCGCUUCCUGGAGGUUGCUAGCAUGACCCUGCGGGAGUUCUUUAGUGCUGUCAGGGCAGGGAAGGACUCUGACCCCUCCUGGAAGAAACCCAUUUACAAAAUAAUUUCAAAACUGGACAGUGACAUCCCAGAUGUGUUUAAAUCUUCCCGCUGCCUCCAAGAACUAGUUCAGAAUUAAAUCUGUAAGGGAAGUGGCCUAAGACUAUGUUAUGCUGCAGCUUGAUCAGAGAGAGGCUGGCCUGAGCUAUGUAGCUGUUGGGCCCAGCCUACAUUGUGGGUAAUGUUACUAGUAUAAAACAGCAAUAGCACCAUUUAUUAUGACGAUAUCUAAUCUGGCCUGAAGCGUGCCCUCCCCUCUGGAGAGGUCUAUUACAUACUUGAACUGCCAGUAUUUUAUGUCAUUCGUUAUACCAGCGGUCCCCAAACUUUUUACCUGAGGGGCCUGGCAGCUAGGUGCUGGGAGCAGAGCCCCGGGGUCGGGACUGGGACUGGAGCCCCUGGUACAGGGGCAGCAGCUGGGGCCAGGAGUGGAGCUGGGUGGCGCUCCCUCUCUGCCCCCGCCCCCCAGCCAUGUCCUCCUGAAUGUUUGUUCACGCCCCCCUACAGGAGUGCGCCCCACAGUUUGGGGACCUCUGUGUUACUUUGUAGCUCAAAGCAAGUGAGGCCUCAUGCCUUAGACCUAUAGGGAAGAAGGAUAGUGGUUACGUCAUCUGGCUGGAAGAUCUAAGUUCUAUUCCUAGCGCUGCCCUAAUAUGCUGUGUGACUUUGGGCAAGUCACCUUCCUUCUCUGUGCUUUGGUGUCCCCAUCUGUAAAACAGGGCUAUAAUUCCUGUUUAUAAAUCACAGAGGUCCCUGAUGGAGGGUCUUAAAGAUCAAUGAAUUCUUGGCCAAGUGAAGCGAGGUCCUACACUCAACAGCAUUUCUGUUUUACCAUCUGUUUGGAGAUAAUAUGAUAACUUCUGAAUACUGCAAUGAUCAGUUCCAAAAUUUCAGGCACCAGGACUAUCAACACGCUCAUGUGAUAGAUGCGAAACAAUAAUUCCUACAAUGGAGCUCAUAAUGGAACGGAUGGAGGAAGUGGGUAGCAUCUGAGAAUGCAGGUCCCUUUCCUGGCUCCCCAGCUGCCUCCUAUAAG